AAAAAAAAAAAAAAAACUAUGAUAAAUAAAGGAGAAAGAGGAAAGUCCGAAAAUGCCGCUUAAAGAACUAAGCAGCAGUAAUAAAGAAAACCAACUAGCCAACCCGCCACAAACCGUAUAUAAAUAAAAGUUCAACAAAAAUUGCAAAGGUUUUCUUCUUUCCAUUGCUCUUAUAUUAUAACUGCAAAAAAUGUUCUCUAAGAAUCCCGCUGGUACUCUCAACGUCACUGUCAUUGAAGGUCGUAACUUGAAGGACCAAGAUUUGGUCGGUAAGAACGAUCCUUGGGUUGAAUUAUGGGUUGAUGAAAAGUACCCUCAACGUACCCGUGUCAUCGAUAACACAAACAACCCUGUCUGGAACCAAACUUUCACCUUUCAGUUAGAAGCUAGCCGUAAGGACAAGCUUCAUUUAAAGGUUUUGGAUAAGGAUAAGAUUGGUAACGAUACCAUCGGUGAAGCCAAGUUCGAUCUCGAUCAAGUUUUCAGUGGUCAACCCGUUGAUACUUGGGUCAAGUUGCCUGCCAAGUUGGGUUUGACUAGCCAUGGUGAAAUUCAUCUUUACGUCCAAUUCUUCCCCCAACAAUAAAAUACAUUGUUACCUUAUCACACCUUCGAAUAACUCUAAUUCCAGUAUUUUAGCACUGAAGAACAUUCAUUCAUAUUCUACUGGAACCCCUCACAAUUUUGUACAUACAAGAAUAAACGAUAUCAUCAUAAUGUAGUAACAGCGCCAGCUGAUAUGGCUUAAACCACUCUUGUCUUUUUAGCAUAAAUAUUCAGUGACG